CGAGAUACUACGCUAUCGGUUUAAUCUUUCAGUCUGCAAAUGUAAUAUCCGGUAUUAAUCAAAAACAUGGAUAUGGUAUAAAUUUUUUUAAAAAAGGAGUUAAUUGUCUGUCGCAGUGGAUGGUGCAAGUCCUUUAGGAACCAGAUGUUGCAAUGUUUAUCUCGGUGGGCUACCUCGUAAUUGCUGCCUAUCAAUGGUACAGGGAUCGACUACGCCACUCUAUGAUCCACCGAUAUAUUUCAUCCUCUCUUCGAGUCGGAAGUGUAAUAGUUCAGAAAGUAGGGACACAAAAUCAGCGUGAUGUGAAACAGUCACUUUCCAGUUCAAAACUAGUGGAAAGGAUUGAUGAUUUGGUUGUGAGAGAAACGUAUAAUGAUCAAUGUAUAUCAGUGUCCCAAGCCGUUCCUAAGAUUAAAGUGAACCUAGAGAAAUGGACAGCGUACUAUCACGAUAUCAGUGACACACAGCUCACGGCAGAUGAUCAGGAAGUGACGGUUCUCUUGGAGUCUAUCCGACCAACAGAUAUAGAGUCUUUUGCAGAGGAGCAGGUGCAUGUUUCUCAGGCCAAGUCAUUCCAUAUUCUAGAUCAUGGUCAUCCAUUGGCUUGGAACACUGGUCCACCUUUUGGAAUUGUAAUGCAGUGCUCAGGACCAGACUUCCUGGCUCUCUGCCUGUCAUUUAUGGAUAAUAGUAUCAUAAUGGAAGAAGACCUACAAGUGAAUCGAAUUACCAGCAUUCAAACAAUAGGUAAGGCAGCCAGUUUGGUUAAUAUUGACAUGAAGGAAAUUCAGACAAUGGAGGAUGCCAGUAGCCAGUGGUCAAAUGAGUCCCUAGCCGACACGGCCAGUCUGGCUAAUCAGGACGCCCUAGAAACAUCCAGUCAAGACUGGGAGGGAGUGGACGCUGAGAAUGGGCUAGACAUGGACAGCUCGAACAGGGAGGACUUGGAUGCUGCCAUGGAAGAGAGUGGGUCAGGGGAGACCAUGUUUGACCCAAAGGAUCUCAAUGUGGUUCCGCUCUCAGCUGACAAGUCUGCCAAACCACCAAAUAUAGUGGUAUAUUGUGGGAAAAAGGAUGCCAGUAGAAAAUUUCAAAAUGUGAAGCAGGUCUUGCAGCAGUGUAUCAAUAAUGACUGUUAUGUUAUUUACUGCCUGAAGCAUGAUGAAGUUCACUCCGUGCCUUGGGCUGAAAACACAGCACUGUUGGUUCUUACGGAAGAAAACUUGUACGAUAAAUGUGACGACGUAGUUUGUCGCUAUUUUGAGAGAGGUGGCGGGUUGAUCAGCUUUGGGAGUAAUGUAGAUGCGAAUUUUGUACCCAGAAGAGAACUACACAAAGGAACUGGGAUACGCAGUGUGAGCUACGGUGUUUAUAAGGAAGUGCCUUUGUUGUGUGGGAGGCACUCCUACAUGAUUGACACCACCAGAUCAGACGUAGCCGUGAAAGGAUUGGCUACAGAUGACAAAGAACAGACGGUGGUGGUAGAAGUCACACAGAAUGUGACAGAACAAACUCCUGGCAGGGCGAUACUGUCUCAGGUAAUACAAACUCCUGGCAGGGCGAUACUGUCUCAGGUCUUGCUGGAUCAAGAUCCGACAGAUGUAGCCCUUACACAAGACUCAUUUAACCUGUUGAAAAAGUCAAACCCUACACGGUUUGAAAUUCUAAGCCUCAUGUUAACUGCCAUGGGAAUUACUUGUGAACAUGUGACCCAACCUGACCUUUCACCUUGUUUUAUGCUGGCUAAUGACCAAGUAAACAAAGUGCGACUUUUGAACGGAAUUGCACAGCGACUUAAGGGUGGUUUUCUGAAGUCUGCCUCAGUGACCCUUCAGUUUCUUCCAAGACUGGUGCCUGAUGUCAAGGUCACAUCAACAGUGCUACCUGUUAUUACAGACAAGAUGGAGGAGUUUAAAUUCUUUAAUAUUGAUGAAUACUGGGAGAAUUUGACGACAGCUAGGUUGGGAAAUCUUGUCCUCUAUGCAGAUGUUGUUCCCUCCACCAUGCCAUUGUUAGAUGGUCUUCAGUUUUCUGAGCCCAAGACAGUUGGUUUGAUAGCUAUAGCUGGCCGGCAGACUCAAGGACAAGGUAGGGGAGGGAACUCCUGGUUGAGCCCAGAAGGUUGUGCUAUGUUUUCCAUACAUGUGCGGAUUGAGGCAGACAACCCAUUAGGGCAGGCUGUUUCAUAUCUCCAACAUAUCACAUCGCUAGCUGUUGUAGAGAGUGUUCGAACCCUUCCUGGAUAUCAGGAUAUUGAUCUGCGUUUGAAGUGGCCAAAUGACAUAUACUACAGCGACAAGAUGAAGCUAGGGGGAGUGGUAGCUAGGUCCUCCUUUGUAAAUGGUGCAUGUGAUGCCAUAAUUGGAUGUGGCUUCAAUGUAAGCAAUGCUAACCCUACAAUUUGUAUCAAUGAUGUCAUCUCAUCAUAUAACAAAGAACACAACACAUCUCUCCCAUUGUUGUCUAAGGAGAAACUAAUGGCGCGGACCGUCAGCAUAAUGGAGAACCUCAUCAGUGAAUUUGAGAAGAAUGGACGUACAGAGUUCUGCAAGAAGUAUUAUCAAAGAUGGAUGCAUGGAGACCACAAAGUGCAGCUGGAUACAGAGGGAGAUGAAGUGUUCACCGUCCAAGGAGUGGACGAGCACGGCUAUCUGGAAGUGGUGUCGGAUGACGGAAAGUUAAUCAGCGUGCAGCCCGACGGGAACAGCUACGACAUGAUGAGGAACCUGAUUCACAUGAAAACACGCUAAAGACCUUGUCGUGUAGAUAGCAUUAGUGAUGCGUACUGUAGUCUGCUUCAGGAUGGUUCUGUAGGUGGUCAGAUUUAAAACAAGGAAUAUUUGUAGUAUUAGUCCAUUCCCAUUAUUGUUACUCGUAUAACAAAGGUGGUAUUAGUUGUGCCUGGUCAUAGUCAGCUGAUUUAUGAACCCAAGCUUCUAAAGCCUUGUAGACUGUACACAUGUGUGUGAUUGUAAAGUGAAUGUACUCAUUUCUUAACAGUUUUCUGUUGUGCAAGUAUGUUAAUGUAGUUUUAGUGAAGGAAAGGAAAGACUAUUACAUACAUGCAUGUUGUAGAAAGGCCCAUCCCUCAGUACAUUAACUAGGCUUAUGGAAUGAUGUCAUAUGAUGUCAUACAAUGUUUGUACUAUGUGGGGCAUUAAAACUCUGGAGACAGAAUAGAGUCAUGUAACCAUAGAAAUGUAAGUUCAAUACAUCCAUACUAGGUUGCUACUGUUUUACUAGGUUGAAGAGCAUAAUAUAAAGUUUGUGUAAUUGUUUAGGAAUGUUUUGUAGCAAAAAAAAUUUCUUGGAGAAUUUGUAAUUCAUGCAAGUAACUGUUGUGCCAUAUUUUUGUUUUGAAGUGCUGUUGAAAUCUAGAUAUAAAAAAUUAAUGAAGAAA